AUGGAAUCAUCUUCAACAAACAGUACUCAUUUUGACAAAAGCAACAUCAAAGAGAUGAUGAAAUACAAUUUAAAUAAUCUGUUCAAAGAUCCAAAUAUCUUUGAAUGGCCCCCAAUUGUUUACGAAGAGCUGCAAAACAACGGAUGGAAUCACCUCACUGAAGCAGUAGUAGGUAGCAAGUUCAGCUCUAUUCGGCCCUUUUUUAAUGACAGAAAAAUAAAACACCAACAGAGGUUAUCUCUUCUAAAGAGUCAGCGGAGGGAAGGGAUUAGGCUAAAGCAUGGAGUUAUAGAUAACAAACUUAUGCUCAACAGCUGCUUUGAUAAAGUACUUAGCUCCCCAACGAAACAAAAGAAAAGGAAGGCCAAGCGUAGAAGUCAUAAAUUUGAUCCUUCCUCACUAGAGACUGCCAAAGCAAGGCAAAAUAGGUUCUCAAUAGCAGCUCUUAAAGAGAAGUUCAUGGAACAAAUAGCUGCAAAUAGGCUCAAUAGCAGCAAAAGGAGCAGUGUCUCGACCGUUUACAACUCAAAAAGAAGCACGAGAAGAGGUCUCUCCUGAAAAAUCUCCACCAACUCUUACUACCCUAAUCUCCAAAAUUCUCUACACAUUUAUACACAAUCUGGUCACAACAACAGUUGCUUGUUAACGGAGAAGAAGCAGGGAAAUAUUGGAGUAGACAAUAAAGCAGAAGACACUACCUGUAAUUCUUCAGACAAAAAUUACCAAAAAUCAACCAGUGGUUCUUUCAGACCCACUCGGUUAAAAUUUUUGACAAAUGAGUCUGUAAAAUUAUAUAAGAAGGAAUUCAUCAAGAGUUUGAGAAAGGCUCCUACUCAAAAGACCGAGAAAUCAGAAGCUUUCCAAAUUGGGCACCAAUUUGGACAAUUUCAUACUUCUAAAAUUCGUUGGAAACCAAAGCUGAAUUCCUCUACUUAUUAUGAAUCUUAUGCUACACCUAAAAAGAGAGUUCUAUCGCCUGUGAGCCAGUAGAAGUCCAGGGAUAGUUGUCUCCGACAACUCUCCUGAUGACUGCUCCUCAAGCUGAGUAUAAAAACUCUCCUUCAGUAAUAUCAGACUUAGAGGAGCUCAAGGAGAUAAAAAUAGAACGAUUGGAUACCAGACAUUU